CGCCGACAUCCGACGUCGUGCUUUUGUUGGCAAAAUCGCUCCCCAGAGGUCCAGACACUCUCCUGGGGACUGGAUUUUUGUCCCGAGUCGUUUGACUGUCGCGGUGCCUGGUAAGGUCCGCCCGAGGCCCCAAACAGCGAAAUGCCCUCCGUCGUCUUUUUCCUUGGACGGCGCGAGGAUGUCAGGGUCCCUCCCGGCCCCAUUGCCUCCCGCAGAGGUCGCGGCGCCAGAGGCCGUCGGGCUGCCUGCCUGGCUGCGCGGCCCGGUGGAGGCGGUCGACAGGGAGGAGUACCACCGUUUCUACCGGGCGAACUUCCGCCUCUUUGACGCGCCCCUGGCCACGAUCCACUUCAAGAUCGCGGGCGAGGUCGCGGGCGAGAUGCUGUUGUUCAUCCCGGGGAUCCUGCCGUACGAGCUCGCGCAGAACUCAGAGGACAUGUUUUCUGGCUGCCGCGGCGUGCGGGUCUACCAGCAGGGCGCGUUUUUGCAGGGCAAGCUCCACAGGAAGCGAGGGCGGCGCCUGGUGCCUUUCUGGCUGGUGUUCGUGCGCGGCGUCGCCGACCUGCGGGGCGUGCCGCUGGACGCGGGCUUCUGGAGGGGCCAGAUGCCGAGAACCAUCCGGGAACACCUCGUGCGGGAGGUGCUGCGCUCGAUCGGCGGUUUGUGCGACAACGCGCGCGACCAGUUCUGGAGCAUCUACGGGAAGUACAUCAAGGUUGGCCUCGCGGCGGAUCCGGAGUACAGGGGCGAGCUGAAGCGCCUCGUCCGCUUCCACUCCUCGACGCCCGGCGGCAGCACGACCAGCUUGCCCGAGUACCUGGACCGCAUGAAGGAGAAGGAGGGCCAGGACAAUAUUUUCUUCGUGACAGGCGAGGGCAAGCAGGCGGCGGAGCUGGCGCCCGCCAUGGAGGGCAUGAAGAGGAAGGGCUACGAGGUUCUCUACAUGAUCGACCUCCUGGACGAGAUUUGCUGCUGGAGCAUCGUCGACUUCGACGGCCACGACCUCGUGGACAUCAGCAGCACGGGGCUGGCCCUGGGCAGGACGGCCGACGAGAGUUCCAGGCUUGAGGAUCUCAAACAGAGGUACGAGGGGCUGGCCGCGUGGCUCAAGAAUCAGCUGGGCGAGCGCGUGCGCAGUGUCGAGGUCGGCGACCGCUUGGUGGACUCCGCGGCCACGCUCGUCCACCCUCGGUCCGGGAUGUCGCCAAUAAUGCAGCGCUACGUGAAGUCACAGACCGACUCCAGAUCUCAGGAUGCCGCCUUCGCCAUGGGCUGCCGGAUCCAGGCCAUCCCAGUCAUAGACGAAUUGAUGAAGCGGUCGGCGGACACGAACGAACUGAGGAUGAUAGGGCCAUUCUGGAGAUCAACCCGGAACAUCGGGCAGUUCAGAAGCUGCUGGCAAUGUGGCAGACCCACCCACAGUCCCAGGAGGUUGGCCACAUGGCGGUCUUGCUGUGGCAGAGUGCGGCCGUUGCCUGUAGCUACAACAUCGGGGACCCUGCCGGGUUUGCGAUGCGCGUCGCCGACCUGAUGGCGAGCACGAGCGCCUAAGGCAGGAAGAUUUUUGGUCAAAGCGUGGCCUGUUCAGUGUACUUUACACGCGUGUGCAACUUACACGCACUUAGUAAGCAUUGCGCUGGCCUGUAUGCACCACCCUCUGCAGUUCUCCUCCUCCCCGCUACCCCUUUGCUUAUCUGAAGACCUCCCCCUCCCCUGAACAGGCCGAGGGAACGGCUGCGAGGCGCUCCCAACAGUCUAAGGAGGCUGGGCAAAGGCGAGAUGUAUCGAGCGCGUGUCCGCGGCCAUUUCGGCCCCGUGGCCGGCCACCUAUUUGACUGUGCCUCUCUGAGGCGCACUGCCAUACGUCGAGACCGAAGAGACGUCCCCAUCAUUCGAUGGUGCAACUAUUCAAACUCUUUUUUUAUUUAUUAUCUACCGACCAUACGUCAGUAUAGGGUAAGUUAUGGGGUGCCACUGAAUGUUUACGAAGUUGUUAUAAGUGGGGUAUCGGCUUAGACCUUCCUGACUCGCUUUUCACUCAUUCCUCCUUCUCCACCCCUCGUUAGCCGCUCGGUGUGCAGUAGGGUUGCUUUAACGCCUCGGCGCGGUGUUUCGCCCUAGGACUCAAGCCGCCUAUGGGUUUUCUCCAGCCUUUUUCAUUCUUCCUGUUACCUUCGAGGUGUAGUAGGGUUGCUAUAACGCUUCGGGAGGUGUUCCGCCCCAGGAGCUUCUACCCGUCUUGCUCCCUUUUCUUGUUGCUUUCGAGGUGUAGUAGGGUUGCUAUAACGCCUCGGGAGGUGUUUCGCGUCAGGUGCUUGCCCCCGUCCUCGUUUCCCAGCUUGCUGUCAGCAGACCGUCUUGCAGACAAGGGGAUGGUGCUGGUGCACAAAGAAGAUGCCGGUACUCUUGCCGGCAAAGGGGCGUUGGAGG